GAUUUUUGUAUCAUCGUCACUUCUCCGCCACAGUGCGGUUUUAUUUUUCCUUCCUCAUUGUCUUUGUGACGUCUUUAGUUCAAUUUUUUGAUUUUUUUCAUCAAGUCAUCAGUAACUCUGCUUCUUUUUGCAAUAAUAAUAAUUUCUGCUUCUUUUUAACAAAAGUAUGGCGUAUUUUAUCAUGAUAUAUAAAUUGAAGGUGUAAAUCACGAUCCCAACAUCUGAGUGAAACUCAUCGGCAGUCAUCAUUAUGCUCUCGAGAUAUGCUCUAAGUCCAUACGAUACGAUCGUAUCCAGUGCUUUUCUUUACCGUCAUUUAGCUGUCGAUCCCCGGUCUCCUUGACGUCGUCCAGCUUUCCGGUAUAAAAUUAAUGACCGCCAACUGAUUUCCAUGCAGAUCGACCUUUGCCUCUCCAAAAUUGAUCUAACGAUGCUAUCGUAUACAGUUGUUUUUUGUCAACCGUUACUUUGUUGUUGAUCCCCUGUCUCCCUGACGUCGUCCAGCUUAUUUCCAUGUCUGAGCCACUACUCUCCCACAACUCCACCCAAACAUGAGUGCCUUGUCCUCUUUUUAUGCAGCAGAAGAAAAUAAAAGAACUUCUUGUUUUUAAUUACUGUCUCAUUAGUGACUGAUCACAGAUUUUUUUGAUUUUAUUUUCAUCGUCACUACUGCAAAAAAAGGAUAAAAUGAUGCUGCAUCAGAAUGCGUUGUUUUUGGCAUUGUUCCUUGGAUUAAGCUGUAUCAUUUUUUCGAAGCAAACUGAAGUAAAUUGUCCUGAACAACCUCAUUCAGAAGAUUCAUGUCCUAGCUCUAAUACUCCAGAGCCACUGCCAUUAGCAUAUACGUGCAUGAGCAUUACAUACAAUGGCAAAACAGACGACAGAGCACCAAUUCUUAUAUUGCAUGGUUUUACCUGGUUCAAAGAAAUGUAUAUGGAUAUAGCAAAAUACCUUGCUUUAAAAACAGCUAGGAAAGUUUAUGCUGCUGAUUUACGUAACCAUGGAGACAGCCCAUGGAGUGAAGAAGCUGAUUCAAAAGCGAUGGCUUCAGAUUUGGCACUUUUCAUGAAAACAAUUGAGGCAGAUAAAAUAGUCCUAGUUGGGCAUAGCAUGGGAGGAAAAGUUGCUGUCGAGUUUGCCCUUACUUAUCCUGAAAAAGUGGAAAAGAUAGUUGUAGAAGACAUGAGACCAAAUGGGAUGAGUGAGGAAGGUCAACAAACAUUUGAUCCCAAUCAAGAUUGGUCAGAAUUUUUACGAAAACCCCUUCCUGACGGUUUAACUGAAUACGAAGCUAAGAAAUAUAUUAUAAAAUAUUUUGAGAGAACAUUUGAACAAAUGAAUGAAACUAUAAAGUAUGAUGACAAUUUCAUGGAUUUCAAUCCAAUUAAAUGCUCAGAAGGCAAAUGCAGUUGGAAAUCAAAUAUGAAUGUCCUUCGCAAAAUUUUCGCAAAUCCUUCAAAGUUCUGGCCUGAUAGCAGUGGUAAAUUUGAAAAACCAGCUCUUUUCAUACAUGGAGAAUUAUCUAUUUUCAAAAUAGGUGAUGUUAAGGAAGAAAUUGUGGAAUUAUUUCCAGAUGCUAAACUAGUCGAAGUAAAAGGUAAAGGUCAUAUACUGAAUCCUUACAUUGAAUAUCGAAAAGAAGUUGUAGAUUUCAUCAAUGCAAAAGAUUGAAAAGACGGGUGAAGAAAGCAAUGUAUGUGGAAUUUUCCUUCGAAUAAAUGGAAGUAAGACAUUCUGUGUUGCAAUUUCAUGAUAUAGUUGGAAAAUGUAAUAACACAAUUUGGUUCAUACUUUUAACCAUGUGUAUUUGAAAUAAAAAGGCUGUCCUUUAAUUAAUAA